CCCCUCCGUCCUGUGACUGACAGCACUUUGGCAGCUUGUCACAAGUUCCAGUGUGAAGCGAUGGCUGCCUCCACCGGGGUCGAGAAGCCCACCGUGAGAGACAUCUUCACUACAAUGCAGUACGGACCAGCUCCCGAGGCUGCUAACAUUGCUCAGGCUUGGCUCGAUUCUCACGACCGUAGCUUUGGGCAUUUUGUUGACGGCAAGUGGCUAAAGCCCGAUGGCAGACAGACCUACACCACCCGGAACCCUGCAACCGGGGAGUCCUUGGCCAGCACGAUCCAAGGAAACGAGGAAGACGUGGAGGCCGCCGUCGGGGCGGCGCGGAAAGCGUUUGACAGCUGGAGCAAGCUGCCUUGUCACGUCCGCGCCCGUUACCUUUACAGCAUCGCCCGCACUGUACAGAAACACCAACGGUUGCUCAGCGUCGUGGAGAGCAUGGAUAACGGGAAGCCCAUCCGCGAGUCGCGGGACUGCGAUGUCCCUCUUGUGGUCCGUCACUUCUAUCAUCACGCCGGCUGGGCCCAGCUAAGAGAUACCGAAAUGAAAGGCUGGAAGCCUCUCGGUGUCGUUGCUGCUAUCGUUCCCUGGAAUUUUCCUCUGAUGUUACUUACCUGGAAAAUAUGUCCCGCACUUGCGAUGGGGAACACUGUGGUGCUGAAACCAGCCACGUACACACGGCUGACGGCCCUCCUGCUGGCAGAGAUAUGUGCUGAAGCCGGCCUGCCGCCGGGGGUCUUCAAUGUGGUCACCGGCAACGGAGCCUUCGGCGAAAAGCUGGCUCUCCAUCCAGAUGUCGAUAAAGUAGCGUUUACCGGCUCUACCGAGGUUGGACGUACUCUACGGAGGGCAACUGCCGGGACCGGGAAGAAGUUAUCUCUAGAGCUGGGGGGCAAGUCUCCGUUUAUUGUGUUUGACACGGCUGACCUAGACGGUGCUGUUGAGGGUCUCGUGGACGCCAUCUGGUUCAAUCAGGGCCAGGUUUGCAGCGCCGGCUCCCGGCUUCUCGUGCAAGAGUCCGUCGCAGAAGAUCUGAUCCGGAGGCUGAAGCAGAGAAUGUCACACCUGAGGCUGGGCGACAGCCUCGACAAAACCAUCGAUGUCGGAGCCUUGGUGGACGAAACGCAGAAGAAAACCAUCACCGAGUUUGUGGAAGAGGCAAGGGCGGAAGGGGCAGAGAUUUUUCAAGCUUCUUGUCCUGUCCCUAAGAAAGGUUUGUUUUACCCUCCUACCCUGAUCACUGGCGUUGACACCACAUCGCGCUGCGUCCGAGAGGAGAUCUUUGGACCUGUCUUGGUUGCAAUGAGCUUUCGAACCGCUAAAGAAGCAAUCGCCUUGGCCAACAAUACACCGUAUGGAUUGGCUGCGAGCGUCUGGACAGAAAACCUUCCUCUAGCGCUGGAAGUAGCUUUAAGCAUAAAGGCGGGCACAGUAUGGGUUAACGGGCACAAUAUGUUUGACGCAGCAGCCGGAUUUGGUGGCUAUAAAGAGAGUGGAUUUGGUCGCGACGGAGGCAAAGAGGGCCUGUACGAGUACGUAAGACCAUCCUGGGAAAACCGACCCCGUCCCAAUCCAGGCGACGUGAGCUACAAAACAUUUUCCGCCACGUACGGCGCCGACGUCCCACCGGUCCCCGGACAGAAGGACGUCGCUCCUGCCGUUAUCCAAGUCAAAGACACUGAGAUUCCCAGUGUAGACAGGACUUACAAGCUGUAUUACGCUGGCGCACAAAAACGUCCGGAUGGCAUGUACUCGCGCCCCAUCUAUGGGCCGAACGGAGCUGUCGUAGCAUAUGUUGCAGAUGGUAACAGAAAAGAUAUACGCAAUGCAGUGGAAGCCGCCCACAAAGCAGCCCCUGGAUGGGGCAAGAGAGCGGCUCAAAACCGAGCGCAGAUCGUCUACUACAUGGCAGAAAACCUCGAGCUGCGCCGUAGCGAGGUAGCUCACCGGUUAAGCGCCCUCACCGGGCAGUCUGAGGAGGACGCCUACAAGGAGGUGGACCUGAGCAUUCAAAGGCUUUUCUACUGGGGAGCUUAUUGCGAUAAAUAUGGAGGCACGGUCCAGGAAACCUUGCUCUAUGGAGCCACCGUGUUGAUUCGGGAGCCCAUGGGCGUAGUCGGGAUCGCGUGUCCGGAUGAAAGCCCCCUCCUGAGCUUUGUCAGCCUCUUUGCUCCCGCCAUCGUCCGCGGCAAUGUCGUGGUUGUGAUACCAAGCGAGAAGUACCCUCUACCAGCUCUUGACUUCUACCAGGUAUUUGACACGUCGGAUCUGCCUGGGGGAGUCGUGAAUAUACUCACGGGGGGACGCGACCACCUAACCAAGUAUCUGGUGGAGCACCAAGACGUGCAGUCGGUGUGGUACUUUGGUUCUGAACAGGGUUCCAAAUUUGUCGAGUGGUCUUCGGCCGAGAACUGUAAGCGCACGUGGGUCGGUUACGGGCUUCCCCGGGACUGGGAAGACGCCGCGCAGGGAGAAGGGGAAGAAUUCCUGUACCAGGCCACACAGUGUAAAAACAUCUGGAUACCCAUGGGAGAGAUAUUCGCCAACUGAUGAUAUCCACACUUCAUUGUUUCCGUGUAGACAUCUGGACUACCUCAAAACACCGACUUUAUACUGUGAGAAAUAGUUCAAGACGUUCAAUAAAGUUCAGUAUUUCAUA